AUGAAGCCACACUUAGCAGCAUCUAAACUGGCUGUGAACACGGAUUCACAUGUGAUAUCGAAAUUCAAGCCAAAGAUACGGAUAAUCCAUGUAUUUGCACCAGAAAUCAUCAAGACAGAUGUGGCAAAUUUCAGAGAGCUAGUUCAGAGACUCACCGGAAAACAUGUUGACACCAAGAGCCACAAAAAGAAAACAAGCAGUGCUUCGACUAUAGGACCGAGGACUUUCUGCGCUGAACCUGCAACCAAGAACACUGAAUCAGAAAUUGGUGUGCACAUUUUGCAGAAUGAAGAGAGAAUGAAGAAGGAAAGAGAAGAAAUAUGGGGAGAUGAGAAUUCAAAUCAUUUCAUAGGUGGGUUUGGAGAAAUGGAUGGUUUAAUUCAAGACCUGAUUGAAUUUCCUUUUCUUCCUCUAAAGUCUUCUCACUUGAACAUAUAUGGAGGGAUGCCACUUUGCCAGUGA